UCAUUUAUCAGUUCUGAAACUAUUUCCUCAAAUCUCAUUAUCUUUUUGCUUGUUUUCUUAUGUUAUGGUAAGGUUUACAUUUUUUAUCCUCCAUGGUAUUCGAUAUCUUUUUGCAAUCACUAAUCAUAAAGAUAGCUGAUAUGUGAACAGUAAAAAAUUACUUAUCACAUAUUAAUCCCUCGAAAAAUACCACACAGCUCAGUUAUCUCUUUUGUUGUAUAUAAUUAAUAUAUAUGGCCUCCUAAACCCGUUUCACACUAGAGUUUCUUUCUAACAAACUCACAAAAAAUUGCUUCUGACCCAUAUAAUUGUUAGCUAUAAGAUUAGCAGUUUUUUAACAUGAUUUGCAAAUUGAUACGAGAGUAAAGACUUAAUAUUUAUUGUAACAAAAUUUGGAUUAAAUGGGCCAACCGAUCUGUUCAAAAAGAUUAUAAACAUAUCAAUAUGUUAUCAACGUGCUUCACUUGAAAAAUUUUAUUUUUUAAAUAUAAUUGAACAAUUUUUAAAGCUCUAAGACCAGGUUAGUAUUUUUUUUUUUUUUUGAAACUCUCAGUAAUUUAAUGUUAAUAACUAGUGUACGUUGUAAUGGAUUCGUGGAAUAUGAUUAUUUAUUUAUUUGUUCAUUUAGAUGAAUUUUAUGGGAUCACAAUUCCAUUUUGCUUGGAUAUUUAGAUAAGUGUUGAGAAGUUGGAAAUGUGUACUAAGUUAUGUUUUGAAUACGUACAUAUAUUUUUAUAAGUUAUGUUUUUAAAGAUAUAAAAUUAUGUCAAUAAGUUCAAUUCAAUCCAUUUAAAUUAAAGAAUUCAAAACGGAUUGGUAUAAGUUUGUUUGUAUUAACUCAACAUAAUCAUUUCUUUUUUAAGGGGCAUGCAUAUUUUAUAAAACAAAUUAUACAAAUAAUUACAGCACACCAUGCAUCUAUUUACUAUAAUGAGUCUAAUCAAGAUUGAUAUAUUUGACUUGUCUAAUUAAAAUAGUCAAAUUAAGAUUGAGCAAUAUACAGCUAAACAAGAUUGAUGUGUGGUUUGGAUAGUAAGAUAAGAUGAUUAGAUGAUUUUAGAUUAAAGUUGAAUAAAAUAUUAUUAUAAUAUUAUUUUUUGAUAUUAUUAUUGUUUUGAGAUUUGAAAAAAUUGAAUUAUUUAUUAUAUUUUACGGAAAAAUUUUUAAAAAAUUAUAAUAAUGAGAUGAGAUAAAACACUCUCAUUAUCUAAGCGAAACCUACAUAAGGUGCAUGUAUAUAUAUACAAUAUAUACACAUGACACAAAACUCUAGUAAACAAGAAUCCAACCCAAUAUUAGACCCAAACAAAAUAUUUCAAAGUCAAUUUGAAUAUUAAAUUGUAAAGGUAGUGCAGGUUACGAAAAUUUGUAAAAAGCUGUAAGAAAAUUAAUUAAAAAAAAAACAAAACAAAACAAAACUGGGAGAAAAUGAGAUAGCCCAAACCUCCACAAACCACCUAACUACAUUACUUAAAUGAACUGUGAAACGUCCACAAAGACUUCUUAAGCCCAUGUGACUCAAACUGUAAGUGCCCAUGGGAUUUUCUUUCCACUAAUCAAUGGCAAAGCGUAACCACAGUAAUAUGUGAGAUUUAUUUUACGAGAACUUUCUAUAAAUUUAACAUUUCAAUUCUCCGUAACGAAAUAUCUAUACAUGCUCAAAUCCCACCGAUAAGUCUCAUUUUAUCUUCUUCCUAGCCUUCCAGGCCAUGCUUCAACCAAACACAGAAAACAUACAUAUUCUUAAUUUUGACCAUUUUUUUCACGUGGCUAUACACUUGAAUGUAGCUUAUGCGAUGGGAUGGUGGAGGUCCAAUGCUGAUGAUGAGAUAUUUUUUAGCUCAAUUCUCACCAUUUUGAUUGGUAUAUUUGUGGUGUUAUGGUUGGCCGUCAAAAAACAAAAAAAGGUUACAGUACCUCCAUUGCCACCAGGUCCUCGUGGCCUGCCAAUAGUCGGGUACCUUCCAUUUGUAGGUACAGAACUUCAUACAAAAUUUCAGCAACUAUGUGGGAUCUAUGGCCCCAUCUAUAAGGUUUGGCUUGGAAAUAAAAUGUCCAUUGUGAUUAGCUCACCCUCGCUAGUUAAAGAAGUUGUUCGUGACCAAGACGCAAUAUUUUCCAACCGUGAUACUAACAUAGUUGGACGUAUUAUCUCAUAUGGGGGAGCCGGUAUUGCUCUUUCCUCGAAUGGUCCUGAAUGGAAGAUGUUGCGAAAGAUAUUUGUGAGAGAGAUGUUAAGUCCAUCAAAUCUUGAUAAUACCUUCGCUUUACGGAGAGAAGAGAUAAGGAACACCAUUAUAAAUGUGUUUGAAAAAAAGGGCACCCAUAUAGAUUUAGGGGACCUAGCAUUUGUAACGGUGAUGAAUGCCAUCAUGAACAUGUUGUGGGGUGGCAUGCUACGUGGAGAGGAAGGGGCUAAGUUUGGGGCAAAGUUUAAACAUAUCUUUGCGGAAUUAGUGCUGAUUCUUGGAAGACCAAAUGUUUCGGACCUUUUCCCGGCUUUAGCAUGUUUUGAUUUACAAGGGAUUGAAAGGAAAGCAAAGAGAAUUUUUGAAACUAUUGAUGGAGUACUUGAUUAUGCCAUUGACAAACAGAUCAAGAGUUUGGCCAAAGCCAAAGAAGAGGGAAUGACAAAGACAGGACAAAAAGACUUUUUGCAAGUUCUCUUGGAACUAAGGGAGCAGGAUGAGGGUGCACCAUCAAUGAGCAUGACCCAAAUCAAGGCCUUGGUUUUUGACACAGUGACAGCAACAACUGACACCACAACAACCAUGUCGGAAUGGGUGAUGGCAAGGUUGUUGAAGCAUCCAAAGAUAAUGAGAAAGGUCACUGAAGAAUUAACAGAAAUCGUGGGGUUGGACAACUUAGUCGAAGAAUCUCAUUUGCCCAAAUUACAUUAUUUAGAAGCGGUUAUUAAAGAGACGUUCCGUUUGCACCCAGCUUUUCCUUUCCUAUUACUUCGUACUCCACGUGAAUCUAGCAUCAUUGGAGGGUAUCAUGUACCCAAAGAUUCUAGUAUUUACCUGCAUAUUUGGGCUAUACAAAGGGAUCCAAAAUAUUGGGACAAUCCAUUGGAAUUUAAACCUGAGAGGUUUCUAAAUAAUGCUUAUGGUAGGUUUGAUUAUUCGGGCAACAAUUUUAAGUAUCUUCCAUUUGGGUCAGGGAGAAGAAUAUGUGCUGGGCUUGCACUAGGAGAGAGGACACUCAAAUACAUCUUGGCUUCACUUUUGCAUUCCUAUGAAUGGAAAUUACCACAAGGUUCAGAGAUAGAAUUUUCUGACACUUUCGGUCUUGUUACCAAGAGGAAGAAUCCAACCAUUGCAAUUCCAACUCCAAGGUUAUCCAAGGCUGAGCUCUACACAAAAUAGUACAAUCGGGGAGUCAUGACAAUGUUUCUGGACAGUACCCGGUGACAAUCGAAAAAAGUUAUAUUGUAAGUUGACUCAAAGCGAAUCAUGGACCAUACCGACAGUGGAGAGCGGCCAACCCAAGUGACAAAGGAGAUUCUAUGAUCUAGUGAACAGGAAAAGUCGGAAGUGUACGUGCAGCGUGACAUGCUCAUAACAUGUACAGACUGCAAAUGGGGUUGGAUGCUUUGCUUUUAUUUGUUGUAAACUUUAAGUGUGAUUAUGGUAGUCACAAAAAUCAAUGACUUAUAUGAAUCUUUUUAACUGCAAGUAAUUGUGGUGGACAUAGUCACCCAAAUCACAUAGUCAUGCACCCAUAUUGCUGACACGAUAAUAUUUAAUUUGUAAAAUUAAAUACACGAGACUACGAGAGUAUGGACUUCUAUGAGUUGAAUCUCGAUUCUCAAUAAUAUUUUUGAGCUUUUAACCA